AUGUCGUUGGCCAGGUUUGAUGACAUGCGUAGCAACAUCGAGGCUUGUGUUGGGCCUGUUGUGAGGGGUCCUCUCCCUCGUGGUGGGGCUGAACUCCUGCAGGACGCCGGAGGCCAUAUGGGCGCACUGAGGAUGGUCGUGGAGCAUAUAAGGGAAACAUCUAAUUGGACUAACCUCAUUCGCGCGGCUGCUCUUAAUGACGUGGAUGAAAUCAGGAAGCACCUUGACGAGUGUAGAGAGAAAGACCACAACGGUAAAAGUGCCCUUAUUUGGGCUGCUGAGAGGGGACAUAUAGAAGCGGUGAAGGUGCUGGCGGAACACGAAGCAGGAAGCAAGGACAACGGUGGCAUGACGGCUCUUAUGUGGGCUGCUAAACACGGUCACGCAGAGGUAGCGAGAGUGCUGGUGAAGUACGAAGCGAGAGCGAAGGACAGGCAGAAUCACGACGCCUUGUAUCAUGCCCUUAAAAAUGGAAACCUGGAGGUCGCAAGGAUCAUUAUGAAGCAUGACGACCUGGUGAGUAGGAAUGGAACUACUGCGCUUAUGAGGGCCACCGAUAGGAAUGACGUAGAGAUGGUGGAGCUCCUUAUUCCCUUCCAAAAAGCAAGGAUGGCAAAGGGAGCUGUUAAAGUAGGUGAGCUGGAAGUACGCCAAGGCACGGCUUUAAUGAGAGCAGCGGCACAUGGACACGCAGAAAUGGUAGAACUGUUAGUGAAGCAUGAGGGAGGCGUGAGAGGAGUUGGCUGGCCUGCUCUCAUACUCGCGGCGCAGUGCGGCCGCUCUGGUAUUCGUUCCAAUGACCCCCCGGUGGACUAUCCUAAGUGCGUUGAGCUUCUGAUGGAGUAUGAGAGAAAUAUCUCAGGGUGGACGGAGCUCAUAUACGCCGCUUACCGUGGCGAUAUUGACGCAGUCAGAAACAACCUUCAUAUGAAGGGGAACCAGGAUGCUAGUGGAUGGACAGCGCUUAUGUAUGCCGCAGCACGAGGAUACGAAGCGAUCGUAGAGCUGCUCGAGCAGGAGACUGGCAUAAAGAAUAAUGGUCAUCAGACUGCCCUCAUGUGGGCGGCGCGCAAUGGCCAUCCAGAGUGCGUUAGGCUCCUACUGAAGGAGGAAGGCGGCAUGCGAAAUAAUAAAGGGUGGACAGCUCUUAUGAAUGCAGCAUAUGGUAACAACGCAGAGUGCGCGAAGCUCCUUGCCAGGGAGGAAAAUGGUAUGAAGGAUAAUGAUGGCAUGACAGCUCUCAUGUGUGCUGCCAUGCAUGGCCAUACAGAUGUAGCGGAGCUUCUACUGGAGCAUGAGAAGGGUGUGGCAAAUAGUAUGGGUAGGACGGCCCUCAUGUGUGCUGCUAUAGGUGGCCAUGCGGAUAUAGUGAAGCUGCUGCUGGAGCACGAGAGGGGCAUGAAGGAGAAGGAUGGCAUGACAGCCCUUAUGCAUGCUGCUAUAGGUAGCCACGCAGAUAUAGUGAAGCUGCUGCUGAAACACGAGGGGGGUGUGGCAAAUAGUAUGGGUAGGACGGCCCUCAUGUGUGCUGCUAUAGGUGGCCAUACAGAUGUAGCGGAGCUGCUGCUGGAGCAUGAGAAGGGCAUGAAGGACAAUAAAGGCAGGACGGCCCUCAUGCAUUCUGCUAUGCAUGGACACGCAGAUAUAGUGAAGCUUCUACUGGAGCACGAGAAGGGUAUGAAGGACAACAAGGAUAUGACAGCGCGAAUGAUAGCCGUGAGCUGCGGCCGCUCCUCCAUCGCAGAUCUUCUGUCCGAAUACGAGUGA